AUUGGUGACUUUAGUCGAGGAGUCAAUUCGCUAUUCUGUACCGAAUUCAGUUCGGUAGUGGAGGUUUGGUUCGUUAGGGCCUCAAUCUGUUUACUCCGGUGGAGGUUAGUCGCCCGCUAGAGACUCAUAUUGAGAGGGUCUGAAGACCUUUAGUCGAGACUUCAGACUGUUUGAGAACCUUCCGCAGUAUAACUAUCAUAGAAAUUGAACUUGGUAAUUACAAUCCGGCUUAACUGCAG